CUCAAUCCCGUCUGCGAUGUGGAACAGCUCCAGGAUGGAGAACAGCUGGCAGAGGAUCAUCACCAAGCCCACGGAGUAAAACGUGUCGGCUAAAGCAUCUGCAGAGUCAAAAGAAAAAAACAGAUUUUUAAGCAUAACAGUCGUCCAUGCAGGACUGCGGCUGUUCGUUUUCACAUCCAAAGCUCCAAACUGCUGGUCUUCCAGAAGCAGGUGAGACUGUGUGUGUCGCACUUCAAAGAGUCCGUGUAGAAACGCUCCGACGCGUUAGUUCCGAUCUUCAGCCUGAGUAUCACGGCCACUUCAUCGUCAGACUGAAUCGGAUGCUGGACUUGAGGCUUCGUGCGCCCGUGCGCUGGAAUGUCUGGAGCGCUUCGGUGUCACCGGAGUCUGUGUGACCGGACCCCGCUUUGCUUUGCGCGCAGCACCAUCUCAGCCCGGGACGCGGCGGAAUCCUGGGGGGCUCCAUCUCUGUCGCUUCUCUUCUUCUGCCAGGCGCUAAACGUGAGAUAAAACCCGCCGCUUCGGCCAUGAAGAACGAGCGAAGCUGCGUGGAGACGUCGGGGACGCGCCGGCGAGACGCACAACAAGACAAGCGAGACCGAGGCGUUGAUUUGGAGCUAGUGGAUGAGGGCACGGCAGGGACAAAACUGGAUAAGGACUCUGACUUUGGUGGGGGGGAUGAAGUAUCGGGACUUAUCGGCAUCUGUGGCGAGGGGGCUUUGCGCGCAACGGAGACAAACCAUGAGCUGGCGACAAAAGCCGAGACUGAAACUGAAAAGAAUAAAGACAAAGGUGGAGAGGAUGUGACGGCGGGUCCCUCUGGUCCAUCCUCGCCAUCACCUGCCCCCUGUUCGCACGCGGAACCGGGACAAAGCCUGCGCGUAAUGGAGCGGCGGCCAGCUGUGUCCAAAGCGGAGAACGACAAAAAGACACGCGAGGAGCUGCACACCUCUGAUAAUCACCUGAGCGGGAAAACCGAGUCGGGGGAGGAGGAGGAAGAGGAGGAAGAGGAGGAGGACGACGGUGUGAGCUCUGUGCUUUCUGACGACUGCGUCCCGUGCGCACUGGAGGACGAGUCCCACUACAUCACCACGCACGAGAUCCAGCUCUCGGAGCUGUCCGACAGCGAGGGGGACUACGACCUCGGGGUGGGCUCCUCCGCCGGCUGGGAGGUGGAGGACGGCGGCCGGGCGUACGCGUUCGUCGACUACGCUUCUUUCGACGGUGAUGGAGCCGCGGGGGAGAGGGGGGGCUCAGCAGCAGUCAGCACUCUGCUUGAAAGUGAUCCGCGCGACGCGGCCAAGUUCGCCAGCUCAGAUGAGAGCGUGUCAAAGUCCCAGGAGGAGCGGCGGCUGCUGCAGCAGGAGGAACAGGAGCAGCAGCGCAGUGGCAACAGCGCCGGACAGAUCCACCUGUCAAUCAGAGCCACCUCUCGAGCUAUAAAUGACCCCAGCAACAUCCAAGAACGGGGAAAUAUUCUUUAUCAUGCCAGGCGCUCCGGGGACGCGAGCCGCUAUGUGUUGAGGGGAGUGGAUGGGAAGGCGGAGGCGCUGCGUGACGGGGCGAGUUGUGUCAUAGCCGCGCCCGGGCGCUUGCAUUUUGGCGGCAUAUUGAGAGGGAAAGAGGUCACCGGGUACUCCAGCGGCACGUCCAGCGCUGUCAGCGAGCUGGACGACGCUGACAAGGAGGUGCGCAACCUGACAGCCGGAGCCUUCAGGAGCCUGGCUUAUCCUUACUUUGAUGCCAUCAAUUUCAGCACCUCCAGCGAGUCCUCGGCAUCCGAGCACGGGCUGGGCAUAAACAGGUGGUCCACGUUUGUCGACCUGAAAUAUGGCAACGUGAACAUGUCACGGGGACUGGACAAAAGUGUGGCGUCCCAUAAAAACCCAUUUGAAAUAGCAAAAAACACAGACAAUAGAGGAUAUAAGGGCGCCGCGCUGGCCAGCAUCAAGCCGCCCACCAGCAGGAUCUUCACCUUGAAUGGCGACCCCCACAGCGAGGCGACAAAGAGGAUAGAGCUGAUGGGGAAAUUUGGCCAGGGACACGGCGGCGUGAUAAGGCUCACGGAGACUCUGAAUUUUCGUUGCAAUGUCAAAUCGGGAAUGUCUGCGGGAGAAAGGCGCACUAACUUUGCACAAAACGCUGCGGGAUCACGUUCCACGGAUGAAGUUACCGACACUUUGCAAAGCGGCCAGAGGAGAGAGGCCAGCAAGCCUCCCUGCAAAACCAUGGAGGACACUCACAAGAAGGCGAUAUUCGCCUCGAGCCUGAUCAAAAACGUGAUUUCUAAGAAGAUGCAGUUCGAGCAGGAGCGCAAGAUGGAGAGGGGGGAGAUAAGCGAGCCGCACCGCGCGCCUUCCCCGUGCUUCGCGCACCAGGAGGGCGACGGGCACAGGGGGAAGGGGAGCAGGGAGCUGCACAGACAGAGCUCCAGGUUCUCGGAAUGCAGCUCCGACUACACCGUCAUGUGCGUGGACGAGCUGGGGGACAUAGUGGACAGCGGCUCAUGUGAUACCAGGAGCGACUCCCGGAGACGAGACGCAGCCGCACCAGAAACUAAUUUGGAGCCGGCGAAUGAAGCUGGAAUCGAUACUAAAAAAGGCGCAUUGGAAGCUUCCAAAAGCACGCUGCUUCGCAGCCAAAAUAGCGCGUUCAGAUGCUGGAAGGACGAGGAGCUAGAGUUUCAAAAGGAUCAUAAAAACGAUAAAACACCAGAGGACAAGCUGCCUCCGGCUUAUGACAAAGAGGGCGAGGGGGAUCAGUGCUCGGCGGGCAGCGGCAGACCCACGAAAAUGUCUCAUUUGUUUGUACCAAGUAUCCAACUGCUGCCGAGUGACGGAGAAGUUGGACAGCAGCUGCGGAGCGCGAAUUAUUCUCAAUGCGGAGGUGGAGGUGGAGGUGGGAUAAAGCUGCGCUCCGACAACACUCUGUACGUCGCAGACUCCGGGAGAGUGGCUACAUCUAAAUCUCCGGAAAUUAAAAUAAAUCUAAGGAGCAUCAGAGACAAUAAAACGGAGCCUUUCGGCGUCUCCAAGCUGCGCGCUCCUAAUAUAGGCUGUAACGCGGCCAGCCUCAUCAGAACGGAUGACUUCAAAUGUCAAGCGCUGGCUGCUGCUUUGAAGGGUGAGUCCUCGGAUAAAGUGCCGCAUUUCAUGGUUAGGGACAUUAGAGAUAAUAAGGGGAAGCUGCAGACGCCCAUUCACCAGGUGAGAGACGUGCGUAAGCUGGUUAAAAGCUCCUAUCACUUCGUCUCUCUGGAUAACGUCGAAAACAAAUCUAACUUUGCUUCUGUUGACAACUACCAAGAGCACAAGAAGCAAAUGUCCAGUAGAAAUAACAAUUCAGUGUCUCCUAUAGUUAUAAAAUGUCAGUCUGUGAACACUAAUAGUCAUGGAAAACAGUCUGGAAAUUAUGAGGUGAAUAAACGGGAGCCCUUCGACGCAGACAGGCUGUCUCCAGAGGGCGCUAAAAGUGCUCCGCCGCAAAGAAGGUCAACCGUAGGCCCCUCAAAUAGCUGCUCAGAUGGAAGCAUUGGCUUGAGAAUUGAAAGCAGAGCGGGUUCAGUGAGGCAGGAAAAGGCGUCAGACGCUGCAGACAAGAAGCCGGAGUCGAAGAUGGCGAACCAGGUGGCGCUGCAGAAACUCCAGGCCGCUGUGAAAACCAUGGAGCAGCUGUACGUGUUUGAAAAAAACGAAUGGAAGCGGAAGAACGAGCCCCAGCCCCUGACGGACAGCCACGUGCUGUCGCUGAUAGCCAGCGAGGAGCACGGAGGCCUGGAGGAGGAGGGAGCUCGAGGGUCCAGCGUGGACAAGGUCGGCAGGAGAGACUCGUAUCCCAACAUGGAUAAGACUCCACCGGCGCUACCGGCAUCCCCCAAUUAUGACGGCCUACUGAGGCGCGACGACAAAGACCUGCUCAAGACCCUUCAGUCGUUCAGCAGCUACGAUGACCGGCUAGGAGCGAAGUCGCUGCAAGGAACGGGAAGCAAAAACAUGUUCAGCCUAAGCUCCAGCGUCAAGUCCUUCACAACCUCAAAGACUCCCCAAACGAACACCGUCACGCAAACGCCUUUCAGCGCCAAAACCUUCGUCCCUAAGUCGCCAAAACUGCCCGUGACGCUGAAAACCAAUCAGACGAGGCUGGGCGGAAACGAAGGGGCUGAAUCGAAGGAGGCGGACAGGUUUGCGCAGGAGUACUCGAGCUCGUCAGCCGACAGUGAGAACUACCUAACCAUUCCUGUCAAGUCUCACCCCGCCAACGGCAAACAACAGCCAUCAGCUGAGAAGACGUCUGUGUAUACGUACCAGUCAAACCCGACCACUCCGCCGGGAUUCACGGGAGCCGUUGGUCAAGAAGACCACAACCAAACCCCUAACUGCUCCAGCUUCAUGAUGGAAACCCAGUCACCAGAAAUCCCUCCCGCUACCAUCUACCACUCCUUGCCUGUGGGCAUGUCCGCCAACCAGCCACAGCUCUACUGCUUUUCCCCUGCAAUCACCCCGGCCCCCACGCUGGACCCCUUCCAGGCCACCCAACGAAAGAUGCUCCUGGAUCCCACAACUGGAAGCUACUAUCUGGUGGAUACUCCAGUGCAGCCGGCCACCAAGCGCCUCUUCGAUCCAGAAACGGGUCAAUACGUGGACGUGCCCAUGCCUCAGCCCCCCAUGACGCCCGUUCCCAUGCCAAUGUCGCCUCUAGCCCUCAGCCCCGGCGCCUACGGUCACACCUACAUGAUCUACCCGGGCUUCAUGCCGGCGCCUUCGGUGAUUCCCGCCCGCGCGCUGGUGCAGUCCCAGAUGUCGAUGCAGUCGGAGCCGGAGAGCGCGGAGAAGGUGUCGUCGCAGCCGUCGGAGGGCUUGUACAUGGAGAGUCCCUACUACAUGGCCACCGGAAAGACUCCGCAGAUGGCGGCGGCGGCGGCUACCGGGGCUCAACAGCAGGCCGCCGCCAACAGGCCGCUGCCGCCACAAGGGUUCAUGAGCAUGAAGCAGCCAGUCAUCAGCAUCACCUCCCAGCAAGGGCCCAGGAUCAUCGCCCCGCCCUCGUUCGACGGGACCACCAUGAGCUUCGUGGUGGAGCACAGAUGAACGGGGGCUCUCCUGGAAAAGGGCUCAACACCGACGUGAUGCUGCUCUGCUCUUCAGUUUUUAUUUAUUUAUCACGGGCAGUUUUGCCCCUUUUUUUUUUUUUAUUUCUCGAAUUUGUACAAGUACGUAUUUGCACUGUUGCUACACUGUAAAAACAAAAUGCAUAAAAAAAGAAGUAAAAAAACGGAGGAUUUUAUGCGUAGAUCUAGAUGUUGGACCUUUAUGCUCAAAAAAACAGAUAAAUCAGGUUUUAAUUAUGAUUUUUUUUUUUUUGUGAAUUUGUAAUGUAUUUUUAUAGGAUAACGUUAUAUUGGUGCCUGCAGAUGAUUCAGAAAUGAACAAAAUGAUCUCUUACCAUCAUAAUAUAUAAGUGAAUGUUUGAUUUCCUGUGUGUGUUGACUUUAAUGUUUAAUUCUUUGUCAUAAUUACUUAAAUAAUUAAUUAAUUCAUAAACAAAAUUCAUACUAUAUAAUAUGUACGGUCAACCUGCAGACGACCUAGAAAUCUCUCUUGUCCUGCACAUGCCAUACAGCAUUAGAAUUUUAUGUUUUUUUUUAGUUUAUUCAUAAUUUUCCUGUUCACACUAAAUUCAACUGGCCAGUGUUUCUUUUUGAGCUUUUCACUGCAAUAUAAAAUAAAUAAUAAUUUACAUAUGAAAAAUAUGGAUGGAAAAUAAAGCAAAUAUGAUUUUAAAGAUGCCAUCCAAUGUAAAAGAAAAAAGAGAAAAAAAAACAUUUGUUUCUCCAUUAACUAUAUGUAAAACAUAGAUUAACCCUUAGUGAAGCUGCGCAAAAAUAUUAUUUGCUGAAUUUGACAAAAAUUAAAUAAAAUUAAUAGAAAUGACUGGAUCAGAAUUUUACUCAAAAACAAAAAUCAUAAUAAUAAUAAAACUGUUCUGUCGCCAUGAAACCGGCUCGACUCCCUACAUAAAAUAUUUGUGGUGGGCGGUUGAAGUCUGAAAACAAAGAUCUGCUCGGCCAAUCAAAUAAUUUGGGGCGGGGCUUAGCGCUGUGAUGGACAGAAGAGUAACAACAAUGCAGCCCUACGUAAACCUCUUGAAUUUAUUGGCAGCAAAAUGGUUGGAGUCGGACUUUGACUCACAUGACUCAUGACUCACAUUCUCCUAAGAAUUUUAAUUUUUUUGUUUUUUUGUUUAUUUUACAAAAGCAGGUUGGAAAAAAAAGCUAGUGUUGCUGCCACAUGCUACGUGGCUACAGCAGACGAGGCAAAGAGAGGAAGACUGACAUACCACUUUAAUCCUGUUUGACGUUCACUUCUAUUUGUGUCGAUGUUUUUAAGACACAGUGUUGACUUCUGAGUUGUUGUUUUUGUACAUAGGCUCACGGGCCGUGGAUCUGCUGGACAGUCCACCGAUGGUUCUUUUAAGUCUUUGCUUUUGUCACAGGUGCAUUAAUUUAAACACUGUUUGCAACAGAUUAAGAAACGUCUCAAUAAAGGGUCAGUUUACUUGAACGGGAAAAUAAAACUCCUUCAACGACACCUGUUGUGUCCCCAGAGUAUGUGUACGUUUAAAUGACAGCCUACUGAGAGAAAAGGAGGAGCUCAGGUCACGUGAAUGAUAGAUGGGUUGACAAAACACUACAUGGUAAAGCUGGGAUGUCACUUUUUGUUUAUCAUUAAAAAAGAAAAAGAAAAAUUUUGUUUGGUCAAAACCAAGAUCCUUCUAUGCGUAAAUACUGAAAUCAAGGAAAACUCAUUUUAGUUACAUACAGUCCAUUAUGAUAACACAACAGCAUGAUAGCCUGCUCCACAUGCCUAAUAGACAACUCCAGAUGUUUAUUGUAUAAAAAAAUAUUUUAUAAAAUUAUUUUAUAAAAUAUUUUAUAUAAAUAUUUUAUAAACAACUUGAAAUUUCUUAAUUUUGAAAAAAAUAAUGGCUCAUUGCUGCCACCUACUGUUUAGUUCUGGGUCUCAGUUUUUUUGUUACGUCCACAAUUUUACAGAAACAAAAUUGCGUCCUCUAGUGGACAAAAUAGGAAUUUUAUUUAAAAGCAGCAAAAAAAAUGCACUUAUUGUUUCCGACGUAAUUUUCACAGUGCGGCCAGAUUGGAACCACUAGGGAGCCAGUUAUUGGUCCACGGGCCUUAUGUUUGGCACUCCUGCCCUCAGUCUUUUCCCAAUCAUAAAAGUUUUAUUUUUGUUUCAAUCUGUAUCAUUUCUCUUGUUGACUCUGACCCUUUUCCUGGUAUAUAGUUCAUUGUUUGUUUUCUAAUGGGUGAACUGACUCUUUAUGGACAAUUAAUUCUAGUUCAAAUGGAAGAAACCUGUUUUUGUGUAAUUUUUUUUCUUUUUUUUGUUCCACCACAGGAGCACCUGAUGCUUUUGAUGCUUUUCACUGAGUGAUUCCUCUUCUUCUGGGUCUUACUUGGAGAUUUAAGGGGCGGGGAGGGCGGGGGGCAUCAUCAGAAACCUCUGCAGGGAGUUUUCUGGAAAAUACAGUGAACGUAAAAGAAAGUAGAUUUGUCAUGAAGGGAAAAAGGUUGUUGGAGACUUGACACGUGAAGCGUUGAGGGCGCAGAGGAUGGACUCUGGGUUUAAAGAGAAAUUAAGUGAUGAAGUGAAACGUGUUUUUUUUGUUUUUGUUUUUUUCUAGGUUUUUCACUUUGACGUGUCUUGCUGAUGUACAGUGUCGAGAGUCUUGAAUACCGCAGGAUGCUACACCAGGUGCUGCUGUUGAAUAUGUUUGUUUGCAAUGUGAAAACUCAAUAAACACAAACUCCUUUUGCAAA